CUCUCCUAAUCAUCAAUCAAUGUCAAGUCAAAAUUAACCUGAAAUAUUUGUAAUUUUAAUUUAAGUUCAGCCCUACGUAGGUACAAAAUGUACCAGAAUGCUUGUGGAGCUGCAGCCGCAACUGCUACGGGAUGCGUAGAAACAGAUAGAGAAUGUCAGGGUUUAAUUUCAAAAGAACCCACAGUCCCAGCAAUAGAACAUGAUUACAGUGGAUUUGAUAUCGUUAAAGCUACACAGUACGGUGCUUUUGGCCGAGUCAAGGAACUGGUAGAAGCAGGUUAUAAUGUCAAUGAAAGGGAUUCCGAAAAUGUUACUUUGCUACAUUGGGCAUCGAUUAAUAACAGAAAAGAUAUCAUGUCGUUUUUUAUUGAUAAAGGGGCCGAAGUGGAUGCCAUAGGUGGCGAGUUGCAAGCGACACCUAUGCAUUGGUCGACUCGCCAAGGACAUUUAGAUGCAGUGGUAAUACUAAUGAAUGCUGGGGCUGAUCCCACUCUUAGAGAUGCAGAGGGUUGUUCUUGUAUCCAUUUGGCUGCCCAAUUCGGGCAUACAGCUUUGGUAGCAUAUUUUGUUGCAAGGGGAGUCAGUCCUGACUUGGUAGACAGGGUGGGAAUGACACCUUUAAUGUGGGCAGUGUGGAAAGUCUGCAGUCUAGAUCCCACUAGACUGCUGUUAACAUUAGGGGCGUCAGUCAAUGUAACUGAUCAACAAGGCAAUACAGCUUUACACUGGGCAAUUUUAGCUAGGAAUACCACAGCAAUAUCAACUUUAAUAUUACAAGGCUCUGCUAGUUUACAUACGCCUAAUAAUAGAGGGGAAACCCCAUUAUCACUAUUACAGUCACAAAUUGGUAGUAUUUGGGUGAGUCCCAAAGUAACUGAUGUUAUUAAGGAAGUUUCUCAUAGUUCUAAGACAAAUAAUUUUCUAUAUAGGAUAACCAGAGAUAAGAGGAUGCGAUGGUGGUGCAUGGUGGGAACCCCUUUCAUGGCCUUCUACAUAGCGGGCACGAUACUAGGCACAAAUCUAAUAAUCCUUAUAAAAGUAUUUCUUUUAGUUUGUUUGUAUAUAGUGGUACACUACGUGGCGCAGUUAUUGUACGACGACAGACUGAUGGCACUGCUACCGCUGAGUAUUUACCUAUCGACGAAGAUGUGGUUUUAUGUCACGUGGAUGAUAUACAUUAUGCCUGUAACGCAUGUCGUUUUGACGGCCGUCUUCCUGUCGAGUUCGGGACUGUUGUGGUAUUGCUUCCUAAAAUCCUGGUUGGGCGACGCUGGCGUUGUCAAUGCUUCACAACAAUUGCAGUUUAGGACUAUAAUUGAAUUGGCGGAAAGGGGUCCAGGAGGAUUCGAACCGUCGUAUUUUUGCUCCGCUUGUUUGGUUAGACGGCCGCUACGAUCAAAGCAUUGUUCCGUUUGCAAUCAUUGCGUUGCUAAAUUCGAUCAUCAUUGUCCCUGGGUGGCUAACUGUAUAGGUGCGAAAAACCACAAACAUUUCAUCGGUUUCUUGGCCAGCUUGGUGAUAAUGUGCGUCCAAUUGUUGUACGGAUCUUUCAAGUAUUGGCAAAACUCGCCGAAUUGCAAUAUCACCUCUACGAGUGACAGUUUCUGGAAGUCGGUCGCUUUGAUAGGUCAGUGCGACACGUGGGUGGCUUGGGUAGCGGCGAACGCCCUGUUCCAUUCAAUAUGGGUAUUCAUGCUCUUCGUUUGCCAGAUGUAUCAGAUAACUUGUUUGGGAAUGACGACCAAUGAACGCAUGAACCGUGGUCGAUACGCGCAUUUCAUAUCGAACGACGGCCGUAGCCCCUUCACAAAGGGCCCCCUCGCUAAUCUCGUCGAAUUUUUCGAAUGUUCCUGCUUGGGCAUCGUCAAACCGGAUCGCACCGAUUGGUUGACCAGUUUCAGUUUGGAAAAGAACGUCGAACACCAACCGCUGCUCAGGCAAAAAGACAAUUUCCAAUAUGUGUGAUCUUUGAUAAUGUAAUUUGUAAAUUUUUCUAGAAUUUUUGCACUUCCGUUUAAAACACUCUAAAAAGCUCUCUGUAUUAUCACGCUUAAAGGAUUUUUUUAUAACUUAUUCAUCCAAAACUGAUUUCUUUCGACUAGAAAAAGUGUGUAGAAUUUACGGAGCAGAAAAGGUUAUUGCGAUGAUAGGUUAAUAAUUGCCAAAUAUCAUGCCAACCAUGGUUUGAUCUGGUUUUAUGUAGAUGUCAAAAUAAUAACAAACUUCGGUGUUAUGUUUUUGGAGUGGGUGUAAAUAAAAGCAACACUAAUUAAUGUUAAAAAACAGGCUUUUAGUAUAUUUAGGUCGUUUAUUGGUAUUUAAUCCUAACUACUGCAAAAAUUAUAUGCCAGGGGUGUUUUUUAGAGUGUUUAGAAGGAUUAUGUGUAAAAAUUUGUGGUGUUUUCUACACAUUUACCACAUAAUUUAUUUGCUACGACUGAUCGACUGAGGAUUUAGGUAAAACGAGGUUAU